AUGAAAAAUGUACUCGUUAUUGGUUCUGGUGGUGUUGGAACCAUCGCUGCUCUCCUGUUGAGCCUCAAUCGAAAAGCCAACGUGACUUUGGUAGUGCGGCUGGACUACGACAAAGUAAAAGCUGAAGGUAUCUCGAUUCGCUCAAAAACGUAUGGGAGCAUCGAUGGGUGGAAGCCACAGAACGUAGCUCGAAGCGUAACCGAAGCGGCCGAGUUAUUUGGCCCUUUCGAUUUCAUUCUUCUCACGACCAAAAAUAUUCCUGAUGGGCCAAUGACUUGUGAAGAUGUGGUACGACCAGCGGUGCUGCCUCAGCUGGUAAUUAUCAUGAUGCAGAACGGUUUGGGGAUUGAAGAACCCAUGAUGCAGGAGUUUCCUGACAACAUCAUUCUUCUGGCGGUCCUGCUUAUCGCCCUGGCCUACAAGAAUGGUGUUGUAGAGAACCCUGGCAAAGAUCAUGUAACUUUGGGUGAUUUUAGAGCAGCUCAUAAAUGCUCUUUACCGGGUACAAGGGACGCGAUGGAAGGGUUCAUUGAGAUUUAUCGUAACCCCGAUCAGAAUGUAAAUUACAUUGCCAUAGAUGAUGAUUGUCGCACCACAAGAUGGCAGAAGUUGGUUUAUAAUUCAGUGUUCAACGUUGUCACUGCCAUUCUUGAAACUGAUGUAACCCGCUGUCAAAUAGCUGGCCUAAAUGACUCAUUAUUCCGCCCAGCUAUGCAAGAAGUCAUCGAUAUAGCCGCUUCUGAAGGGGUUACUAUUCCCAAAGACACCAUUGAAAGAUUUAUUCAUAUCGGUGACGGGAUGUUUUAUUCGCCGCUGAUGUGUGUUGAUCGUCGCAAGAAUCAGUUGAUCGAAAUGGAGGUCAUUUUGGGUAAUCCUUUACGAAUCGCACGGAAGAAUGGCGUACAGACUCCGAUAUUGCUGGUGUUAUACCAGUUGUUGAAAGUGGUUCAGUUCAAGACCAAAGAAGCGACAGGUGCCAUCAAGAUUGAUCCAAAGGACUACCAGUACAACUCAGACGAUUACCCCAAUCUCUAG